UAUAAGUACAUUGUAUCAGCAUAACAGAUAAGUAUAAUGUAUAAGUACAGCGUACAAAUAUAACGUAAAAAUACUAAUAUAUAAAUAUAAUGUAUGACUAUAAUGUUUAAUUAUAAUGUAUAGCUAUAAUGUAUAAGUAUAACGUAUAAAAAUUUCAUUCGUCUUAUACAUUUGAAAGUGAACGAUAAUGUUUGUCUCUACACAAUAUGGUCGACUCGAGAAGAUAUUAGCAUCGACACGCCUUAAAAGUUCGUAAUGAAUUAAAACUCAGCUCUCGACAUAUCCAUAUGUAUAUUAUCUACAAGAAAACAACUAACAGAUUGUGCAAGCAACGAUGAAUACAUACUUCUUUGCAGUUAUUGGCAGGGACAUUUUUUUUAAAGGCCACAGGCGGUAUCUCAUUAAAACUAACUAACGCGGCACUGCAGAAAUCAGUUACAUUAAGACACUCAGCUUGUGAAAGUCGUUACAGUUUCGAUCACGUUACACCGUCUCACAUAUUACAUCGUUAACCUUGUGAAAUGUACGCAAAACCAAAGACGGAAACCAUGAAGGAGGACGUUUCGAAUAUUUCAUUGCUUGAUAUGCCAAAACUAAUACAUGGCGGCAAUUAUAUAAAAGAAGGUAAUGAUUCUGCAAAAAGUACCUGCCUGAUAUUUUCUCCGAAAGAAGAGGAUUCCGUCGGCGCAUUAGGAAGAUAUCUGCAAUUGUUCUCCGAACACGAAGUCAAUUUGUUACACAUUGAAUCCAGAAGCUCUCUUCGCCAUACAGAGGUCUAUGAAUUUAUGGUGGAGUGUGCACCUGGUGGAAAUCUUGGCGCUGUAGUGGAUACCUUACGUGAACAGUGCAGUUACUUUUCGAUCAUUUCUAGAAAUCACAAGGAUAACAUGGGAACAGUCCCGUGGUUCCCACAGAGAAUCAGAGAUCUGGACAAGUUUGCCAAUCAAAUUCUGUCAUGCGGCGAGGAACUGGACAGUGACCAUCCUGGAUUUACGGACCCGGUUUACAGACAGAGACGAAAAUACUUCGCUGACUUAGCUGCCAAUUACAAACAUGGCCAGCCCAUUCCCAGAGUGGAGUACACCAAGGAAGAAGUUGGAACGUGGGGUGUAGUUUUUAGAAACUUAACAAAACUAUAUCCAAAAUACGCCUGCAAAGAGCACAACUACGUCUUUCCUUUGCUUAUCGAAAAUUGCGGCUACAGAGAAGACAAUAUCCCUCAGUUGGAUGAUAUAUCAACCUUUCUGAAAGAUUGUACUGGUUUCAGCCUUCGUCCUGUCGCUGGCUUGCUGUCUUCCCGAGACUUUCUGGCCGGUUUGGCUUUCAGGGUAUUUCACUGCACGCAAUACAUUCGGCACAGAAGUAAACCAUUGUACACACCUGAACCUGAUAUCUGCCAUGAAGUAUUGGGUCACGUACCCUUAUUCGCUGAUCCUUCAUUCGCGCAGUUUUGCCAAGUUGUCGGUUUGGCAUCCCUCGGAGCUCCCGACGAGUACAUUGAGAAACUUUCCACGUGUUUUUGGUUCACUGUGGAGUACGGUAUCUGUCAACAAAACGGCGAGUUAAAGGCGUACGGCGCCGGCUUGCUUUCCUCUUUUGGCGAGUUGGAGUAUUGUUUGAGUGGUAAAGCAGAAUUGCGGCCUUUCGAACCGGCGAAGACAUCGUUGCAGAAGUACCCGAUAACAGAAUAUCAACCCGUCUAUUUCGUUGCCGAGGACUUCGAAGAUGCAAAACAAAAAAUGAUUAAAUUCGCUGAGAGUAUUCCAAGAAAAUUUGGAGCAAGAUACGAUCCAUACACUCAGAGUAUCCAUAUAAUUGACAGCAAGCACCAAAUCGAAGAUCUUAUUCACAACGUGAAUCAAGAAGUACAAAUUUUAAUGGACGCUUUGAAGAAACUGAAACAGUAAAGUAAUACUCCCUAUCACUAGUCUAUAACGCAUCACCGAAUCAUUCUUUUCAAAAGGAACCACAUAACUCUAUCAUUUUCCAUUAAGGUCACGGAAAUAUUUCCCCACUCACACUUUCCUAUCAGCUAUACUGCGUGAAUGAUGCAACUUACUGACUACAAUAGAUCACCUUAUUUGAAUUUGUCCGAAUUAAAAUACUCACCGCAACAAAUACAGACUCAAAUUGUAGACUAAUCUUCCGAAAUGUAUCAAAAAACUCAAACUAACUGAUAAAAUACAAGUAAACGAAAUAUUCAUCUUCAUCCCAAAUAAUAAAAUACUUUAUACGACGAUAAACCCGAGAAAAAAACAUGGUUAUAAUGAUUAAUUAACUAACAUAACAUUUCUAGGAACGUAUCUGUAAGCUUACAAUAAUAAGUUCAUUUACUUUAUUUUUGUACAACAAUGAUUCUAAAAUAGAUGUUGAGAAACUGAGACUUCGAAUGCAAAAAAUUGAUAACAUUGGUUUGGAAUUAUAUUUGAAUCAAUAAAAAUAAUUUUGUACUGUA